AUGACAAAUAAACUCUUUAUUAUUUGUCUUCUUACUGGCUUUAUAUGCGCCUACUGUGAAUAUUAUUGGAUGCGACAUGGAUAUCGGUCACUUGCACUUGUCGCUUCGAAAUGUCCGAAAUCUGCGAUGGCUACGACUCGAAAACAAGGAUCAAUUCAGCAUGCAAGCAAUCAUACAAUACUAGAAACAAUUGUAAAUUGGUUUUCGAAUAUAUUUGCAACAACAAAAGAUAAACAAGGAGUUCCGGUUGUUUGUGAAACAUUCGAAAUUCAUACGGAUCCACGUUCGACAUUUAUACUUGUUAAAACAUUUUGCUUAAUUGGUCUUACACUUAAACUUAUUUCAAGUUUAAAAACAGUACCGGGACUGAUUCGUGCUCGUAGUGUUACUAUGAAAGAAUCAAAUUUAAUUUCGUCUAUGCCCAAAGGUGAUGGUAUGAUACAACAAUCGAAAUUAUUCGAAUCAUCUAAUGGAAAAAUUGGACUCAUUACGACAAGUAUCGAUAAACGAAAUUUAUCUGUUCGAUAA